CUGCCGGCCUUCCAGGAACAAGCAGGCGCAGAGGGAAGAAACGCACCACAACAUGCUCACUGUGAGCGCGUCUCUGUGCGCGCUAUAGCGAUUUCCAAAUCGCUCUGCCUUUAGCUUUUCGGCCUGUUAGGGUGUGGUCGUCUUUUCGGUGAUCUUUGCUGCAUGUUGGCGCGUUUUUUGUGCGCGUCAAACUUGUCAGAGGCGACUGGAGCUUUCGGACGCCAUCUUUAGGACUGCUCAGGGAAGAGGCGAGUGGCUGGGCCACCGUUAGCCCGGGCUGGAGUUUCGCUCUCCUGGACUACCUGCUUAAUGCACUUCCAUAAGUUAGCGACGACAGCGCAGUCUGGAAAUCAAUCUGUAGUUAUUCGGAAAGCUCUAGAAAACUGACAGUGAGUUGAGUAAACAGCUGUCGUGCUCCAGUAAUACUUUGUGGACUAUUUCUCGAGUUGAAAGUUGAAAGAGGCUACGCUAGCUGACUUAGCCACCCAGCCUGGCUGACGGAAGGGUGUGUAUCUGUAUGAGGCCAUUGUCCUGCAGAUGAGCCAUAACCGGGGGCUGUUGCGUCGCAGACCCAGAUAAUCCCUGGUGGCUGCGGCCCAGGCCCCGCCCCUACCCAGCAUGCCCAACGCUGUUCGAGCGGGGAGCCUGAAGGACCCCGAGAUUGCUGAGCUCUUCUUCAGGGAGGAUCCUGAAAAACUCUUCACUGAUCUCAGAGAGAUCGGCCAUGGCAGCUUUGGCGCAGUUUACUUUGCACGAGAUGUGCGCACCUCAGAGGUGGUGGCUAUCAAGAAAAUGUCCUACAGUGGAAAGCAAACCAAUGAGAAAUGGCAAGACAUAAUCAAGGAGGUGAAAUUUCUCCAGAAUAUAAAGCACCCAAACAGCAUUGAGUAUAAAGGCUGUUACCUGAGAGAGCACACAGCAUGGCUGGUAAUGGAAUAUUGUCUGGGUUCUGCUUCAGAUAUCCUAGAGGUACACAAAAAGCCCUUGCAAGAAGUGGAAAUAGCAGCAAUUACCCAUGGUGCUCUACAGGGGCUGGCAUACCUCCACUCCCACAACAUGAUCCACAGAGACAUUAAGGCUGGGAAUAUCCUGCUGACCGAACCUGGCCAAGUGAAACUGGCUGACUUUGGCUCUGCUUCCAUUGUUUCUCCUGCUAACUCGUUUGUGGGAACUCCAUAUUGGAUGGCCCCAGAGGUGAUCUUGGCUAUGGAUGAGGGUCAGUAUGAUGGCAAAGUGGAUGUCUGGUCCUUGGGUAUAACUUGUAUUGAAUUAGCGGAGAGAAAACCUCCACUUUUCAACAUGAAUGCAAUGAGUGCCUUAUACCACAUAGCGCAGAACGAGAGCCCAAUCCUGCAGUCAAGUGAAUGGACUGAUUUCUUUAGAAACUUUGUGGACUCCUGCCUUCAGAAACUGCCUCAAGACAGGCCCACUUCUGAGGAGCUUUUGCAGCAUGCCUUUGUGUUGCGAGAGCGAGCCGACUCUGUGCUGAUGGACCUAAUCCAGCGCACCAAAGAUGCUGUGAGAGAGCUGGACAACCUGCAGUACCGCAGGUUGAAGAAAAUCAUCUUCCCUGAUCCACAAAAUGGGCCGGUGGCAGAGACCCAGGAUGAGGAGGAGGAGCCAGAGCACAGCACAGGGCAUACCGGCACGGUGAACAGUGUGGGUAGUAGCCAGUCUAUCCCCAGCAUGUCCAUCAGUGCCAGCUCUCAGAGCAGCUCUGUCAACAGCUUGCCUGAUGCUACUGAGGACAACAAGAGUGAGCUGGACCUGCUGGAAGGGGACCACACAGUCAUGUCCAACAGUUCUGUCAUACACCUUAAACCGGAAGAGGAGGAGAGUCAACAGGAGACUCCGGAGGUUCCUAGUGAGCCAAAUGAAGAGCAGCCUCCUCCUGCACAGACUCCUCGCCGCCAGUACCGCAACAGAGAGCAUUUUGCCACCAUCCGCACAGCCUCACUGGUGACACGUCAAAUCCAGGAACAUGAGCAGAACUCAGAGCUGCGGGAACAGAUAUCAGGGUACAAGCGAAUGCGACGGCAGCACCAGAAGCAGCUGUUGGCUCUGGAGAACAAGCUCAGGGCAGACCUAGACGAGCACAGGCUCAAAUUAGACAAGGAGCUGGAGAGCCAGCGGAACAGCUUUGCUGCUGAGAUGGAAAAACUUGUCAAGAAGAACCAGGCAGCCUUGGAGAAAGAUGCCAAGAACUUUGCCAAUGAUGAGAAGAAGUUCCAGCAGCACAUCCAGAGCCAGCAGAAGAAAGAGCUCAACAGCUUCCUGGAGUCCCAGAAACGCGAGUACAAGCUGCGCAAGGAGCAACUCAAAGAGGAACUAAAUGAGAAUCAAUCCACACCAAAGAAAGAAAAGCAAGAGUGGCUGUCAAAGCAGAAGGAGAACUUGCAGCACUUCCAGGCUGAAGAAGAGGCAAACCUUCAACGCAGGCAGCGUCAGUACCUGGAGCUCGAGUGCCGCAGGUUCAAACGGCGUAUUCUUGUUGUUCGGCACAAUGUGGAGCAGGAUCUGGCAAGAGAGGAGUUAAACAAGCGGCAGACACAGAAGGAUCUGGAGCAUGCCAUGCUACUUCGCCACCACGAGUCCAUGCAGGAGCUGGAGUUCAGGCACCUGAGCACCAUCCAAAAGACACGGGCUGAACUCAUUCGCUUACAGCACCAGACUGAGCUCACCAACCAGAUUGAGUACAAUAAACGCAGAGAGAGAGAGCUUCGACGCAAGCACGUCAUGGAGGUCCGCCAGCAGCCCAAGAGCCUGAAGCCCAAAGAGAUUCAGAUCAAGAAGCAGUUUCAAGAAACAUGUAAAAUCCAGACACGGCAGUAUAAAGCCCUGAAGAACCAACUGUUGGAGAGCACACCCAAGUCAGAACACAAAACCAUGCUAAAGAGGCUGAAGGAGGAGCAGACACGCAAGCUGGCCAUCCUCGCUGAGCAGUACGACCAUUCAAUUAACGACAUGCUCUCUACACAGGCUUUGCGGCUGGAUGAGGCACAGGAGUCUGAGUGUCAGGUAUUGCGGAUGCAGCUGCAGCAGGAGCUGGAGCUGCUGAAUGCAUAUCAAAGUAAGAUUAAGAUGCAGACGGAGUCACAGCAGGAUCGAGAGAGGAAGGAGCUGGAGCAGAGAGUAUCUUUGCGCAGGGCUCUGCUGGAGCAGAAGAUCGAGGACGAGAUGCAGUCUCUUCAGAAUGAUCGCUCUGAGCGUAUCCGCAGCCUGCUGGAGCGUCAAGCUCGCGAGAUUGAGGCCUUUGACUCGGAGAGUAUGCGCCUCGGCUUCAGCAACAUGGUGCUGGCCAACAUCUCCCCCGAGUCACUGAGCAACAGCUUUCCUGGAGCGCCAGCCAGCUGGGCCCACUCAGCCACUCCCCAGAGUUCCCAGUGGAGCUGUUGCUCAGGCUCUGGUCACCAGUACCAUGCAAAUCAGGGAGGAGCACCUGGCCAGCAGGUCUGGGGAGCAUCUGUCUCAGGAGCAGCACCUCCACAGUGGAGCCACUCGGCGGGGGGCCUCCUGGGGGCCGUGCCAAAGAGCAGUGGGAGUAUGGCCAUGAAGAACAGCCCACAGGCCCUCAGGAGGACCACAUCAGGGGGCCACAGUGAGCAGAACAUGAGCAGGAGCACCAGCAUCACCUCUCAGAUAUCCAACGGCUCCCACCUAUCCUACACAUAGACCCCAGAGUACCAGUGCCAGGCCCCCACACACACACGCGCACACACACACACACACACACACACACACACACACACACACACACACACUCAUACAGGUUAAGGGACUGCCAAACUGCAGACAGGCACCUAGGAUCAGCUGAAUGGCACUCUAGCCUGCUUGUCCCUACCCCUGUUUUGUCUUUCUGUCUCCUGAUUUUCUCUCACAUGCAGCGUGUGAGGUAUAGAUAAACAUUGCUCAGGUCAAUAGCUAUUCAAUCAGUGCAUGACAGUUAAUUGGCCCACGUGCAGAGCUAGAAUUUGUCUAACACUGCAACUUACAUGAUGCUCUAUUGAUUUCUGUGAAUCCUUUUAACUGUCUUUGCAAUCCCCACUAACUACUUAAAAAGCAUGUACAUUAUGUAUGAUGGAUACAGAGAACAUUUUAAACAUUUUGGCCAUUUGUUGAACUCCAUACCACUGAACUGAUGGAUUUAAAGAGUAAAGGGACAUUGAACAGACAACUACACAUAAGGGUAAUAAUAAUCCUAGAAAAAUGCCAAAUUGAACCCAACUCAGAGAUGCUUAGAUUCCCAUCCUGCCACAUUGCCAGCCUGCUGUUAUGCCCCAGGUGAAUCAGGUGAAUGUUCCUCUUCAGCUAGAAUGUUGAAUUGUAGUUUGUCUUAAAGUAAGAGUUAUUUGUAUUCGCCACAACUUGAGUGCAGAUUGUUGUGUAAUAUGGGGAUGAGAGUAGAAAAGUAGUCAGUAGUCUUCAGUGUAGGUGUGUUGCCAGACACAAGGAUUCUGUGCUUUAAAGCGAUUGAUUUUAUUGGCUGGGAUUUUAAGAUUAACAUGUUUGAGCAGACCUUGUACUUUUACUGUCAAUAAUAGCAAAAUAGUAUAUAUUUUUUUUAAAUCCAGAUUAAACCGUUAGGUAUGUGGAGUGUGAGAUAAAAUGCCAACAAGACUAUUUGUCAGCACUGUUUCAGAAAGUAUUUGGAUUUCCAUUAAAUGUUUUGCUUUCCCUCAGGCAUGCCAAAGGAACAUUCCUCACAAACCUGUACAAAGUCUAAAACAUCAUUUUUAAGUUCAAACUGAAGGUUGCAAGUUAUUGAGCACCUUGAAAAAGUGAAGGACAGAUUACACAUUUCCUUUACAUUUUACUACUAGAUUUACUUUACUUUUGAAUCUGGUUUGUUUUUAAUGCUUUGCCAUCUCAUCUAGCAAGGUGUUUAGCCAAAGACGUCAGGUAUGUUUUCACAGUUUGAGCUCAGUGAGUGCCUUUUAAUUCAUACAGAUACGUGUUGUGGCUUGGGAAAAUACUUUCUCUAGUGAAAUUUUGACAUUUUCUACUGUAUAUAGUUCUACAGACUUUCCUCCUUUACAUUUAAAUCAACCUCUAGUAAAGUUCUAUAAUUUUGUGUCCCCAAAAGUAAAAAUUAAUUUAAAACAGUCCCACUUUGUUUAGAAAAAAUAGAUAUAUGGUUUCUUCAAGUUAAUGUAUGUUCGAAAUGGGGAAGAAAAAAAAAAAAAAAAAAACCUGACAUUUUGUGGUUUUUGGUUGUUUGUCAGAAUUCAGCCACAGCGACAUCAGUGAGAGAUUUUCCCACGCCACCACACACAAGUCAUACUGCAGGGGAGUGUUUUGGUCAACAGUACGAGAGAGUUUUAUAUUUGAAUCUGACUGCCAUGCUAGAAACAGGUUGGAAUGAAAUGGAUGGAGAGGGAAUGCAUACCUGAAUAUAGGUAAUGUUUUUUCCACCAUUUUCUAUAGACAGUGGUGUGUGGUGCCUUCUUUAAAAGAUGCCAAGCAGGAGCACUUUAUGUUAUGUGAAAUAUUUUUUUAGCAAAAUGCUUUGACCCUGAAUUGCAAAUACUUUCUUGAAUAUGACACAUUUACUGUUUCACUAAAAGACAAGCCAGGACCUAAUGUCUAACACCAAAUACAGGCACAGGACUUCCACGUGCUGACCUUCAGAGUAACUUUUACUGCAGUAGCCAUGUAUUACAGAUAGACAGUUUGUUUAAACCAUUAUAAACAAAGGACAUGAGGUUUAUUAGUGAUCAGUUGUUGUUCUGUAUCAUGAUCCCUAAACACAAAGUGGGAGAAUGAAAACACGAGUGAGUGUAUUUAUUAGCAGUAGCCUCAUCAGGGCAGAGUGGUGUGUGUUUGAGACUGAAGGACUGCACGUAGGGAAGAGGAUUGCACAUUGUGUCGAUCAUUAAGGUCAUGACAGCAGGCUUAGCAGUGCAAAUGGGCAGAUCUGUACGGGAGUAAGCACUCACUCAGGACAAAGUAAACUAGCUAAAUUGUUUUAUUUUUUGUGAAUAUGACAAACUGUUGCCAGACAAAGCUUUAGAUGUGACCAAACACAGACAGGGAAUAUUGGUUUAUCGUUUUCAUCCUCGCUCUCGCUUGGUCUUGUGCUCUAUGGAGUAGGUAGCGCUGCGUGGAGCUCUGGGUACAUGAGUAGUGUUGCUGAUGCCCCUGUUAGUCCUUUCUCUCGGACCUCCUCCUCCUCCUCAUGUGCUCAUCACACUAAGCCAAGCUCUGUCUGGAUCAAGUGUUUCAGCUGAGGGAUGAGUGAAUGCACUUUGAAACAAAAAUCGUCUGCUCUGCAAAUCAGUUUUGUUUACACUCUGAAAACGAUGACUGAUUGGAUCCAUAGUGAUUGAAUUAUUAUUUUUUAACCGGAUUCUGAUGCACGCUUUUUGUUUCUUCCUUGUAUGUUUUUGUUUUGCUGUUGUGCACUUGCGAGUAAAGUAGAUUGUUCUCUCUCACUCACUCUCAAGGCAAGACAAAUGAGACGAGGCACUGGUGUUUUUUGUUUGAUUAGUUUAGUUUUGUUUUUAAAUAAAAUCUUCUGAUUUUUAUAACCCUAAAUCCUUACUUACCAAAAGGCAUCAUCCUUCAAAGACAAAGUUUAUUGAUAUAGUUUAUUUAAUUAAUAAUCAAGAUACUUAAAUCCACAUGGGUGUGUGUGGAAUGUUCAUACUGUAUAUUAAGAUAGAUUAAAAAACAUAGUCUAAAACUAGUCAUCUAUGUGAAACCUCUCGUCGAAAAGAUACUGAGAUAUAUGAACUGUUUGAUUAGGUUGUGCAAGUGGAGAAUUACUCUGGAGAGGUCUCCAGGUUGAAUUUCAGGGAUUUGUGUGUGUUUUACACUGCACACGUUUUGUUCUCCCAAUUCCAUGAAAGAGUUCAGACAUCAGCUCACAGCAGUGAGUCUGCAUCUGUCGUACUCGUCAUAAUUCAUUGUUUUUCUCCAUUGCGUACCUACUCAAAUGAAAGCCUCAGAAUAUAAUGCUUCCAUUGUAUAAGAAAACUGGUGAAAGUUAUCAGUAAUAUCUCCUCCCAUAAGCAAAGGCUACAGUCCUGAUAGAACAGUAGCACAAUCUUUGUUUAAAAGUUAGGAUGUAGACUUAGUUUGGCCGAAUCAGUUUUCAGGUUUUAAAUGUUUAUCUUUGUGGUUGAAUACAUUAACACUUUCCUUUUUUUUUUUUCCAUAGUUAUUGUUUACUUCCAUUGUCUGGAUAAAGCAUUGAUUCUUUUUAUAUUUAAUUUUUUCAUUAAUUUUAAACUUUUGUCCUACUGACUAAAUUUAGGGGAUGUGUAAUACUGCUAUAAGAAAUACUGGUAUCACUUGUAUACAUAUGUCCGUCUUACGUUUUCUAGGUGUUGGAGGUUAAACCUCCAAUAAAACACUGUGCCAUCUCACAGCAGCCAAGCUUAGUCACUACUGCAGUGUCUCCUCUCCAGUGAAAUCAGCAGUGGUUAUUUUACAGAGUAUUGCACUCUAUUGCCAACGUGGAAGAAAUAAAAUGGAUAAAGGGGCUCAUAAAAGAAAAAAAUGGUACAUUUCUGUAAAAAUUAAUGUCAGUAUUCAUUGUUCUCUGGUUGAGCAUCACCACUACAAUUCAUAUGUAAUCUGUAUCAAAAUGUAUAGAUUGUGAAACAUGUUACUGAAUGUCUAAAAGAUUAUGGCUUGAGAUUAUAUUAAAGUAUUCAGAAAUCAGAGAAAAAAAAAACAUCUAGGGUUUAAUGAACAAUUUUGCUUGUACUGUAUUGUCUUGAUGGAGGAAUAAUGGAGAGAGGAUUGGCUGUAAUAAAAUCAUUUUAGUACAAA